AUGACGACCAGCAUCCCUCGCCAGUCGAUACGAGUUCUCUCAUCACGAGCACGCUCAUCCCUCAGACCAUCUUCCCUCUCCUCGUCGCGACGGACUUUUUCCAGCUCACCCUCUUGCGCCGGCGAGAAGGACAAUGAGUAUGCAGACAAGCCGCGCUGGUCGUAUACUCCUCCCGGCACUAAGGCGCCAUUCAGUCUCCGUCAAAUCGAUAAUCAACGACAGCCUUACCGAGUAAACGAAGACCCGGCAGUCUUGGAUAACUUUUAUAUCUCGCUAUUGGGUCCCAAUGGAGACAAAAAGCUCUCGGAAGAGAUCAAAUGGUUGGCAGUAACUCAUAAGAGCUUUGAUCAGGGUCGACGGGGCUUUAAUGACCGACUAGCGCUGCUCGGUAAACGGAUUGUACAGCUACAAGCAUCGUUGCUUCUUGUUCAGAACCCAGGAAAUUACAAAACACAGGUUCCGUCUUUGAGCGUGGAGGACCAGCACAAAACCUUUAAACAUGCUGCUCUGGAGGGUUUGGAGAACCUCACUUUGGAUAACCGUGGAUGGUUUACACACAAGGUGAACAUUUCGAGAGUUGCGGAAAAGUACGGGUUGUUGAAGGUGCUCCGAUGGGCGCCCGUGAAGCCCAAUGAUCUGGAGCACUCCGGUCUCAACGUCGUCCUGACCCAUACCAUGUACGCUAUCGUCGGAGCUAUUGCCCUGGAAAGAGGUGGUGUUGAAGCCAACGAAUUCGCUCGACAACGCAUCUUGGCUCCCCAAGGAUUGGGAAGCAAUUGA